AUGGGUAACGUCAUCUAUGGAGUGAACCAUUUUGGAGUGACACAGAAAGAACAAAUAACACCAACAAUGGAAACCAAGUCCAGAAGGCAGCUGGAAAUAGAACGCCUGGUACAAACGGUGAGUCCAGCUGCAGGUGAACAUCCUCUUCAGUACAACUACACGUUCUGGUUCAGUAGGAGAACUCCCAGUCGUCCAGCGAGUUCACAGAGCUACGAACAAAACAUCAGACAGAUCGGAACUGUGGCAUCGGUGGAGCAGUUUUGGAAGUUUUACAGUCACCUCGUGCGUCCAGGUGAUCUGAGCGGACACAGUGACUUCCACUUGUUUAAGGAGGGAAUCAAACCCAUGUGGGAGGAUGAAUGUAACCGCAGUGGAGGGAAAUGGAUCAUUCGUCUACGUAAAGGUCUCGCCAGUCGCUUCUGGGAAAACAUCAUUCUCGCUAUGGUGGGCGAGCAGUUCAUGGUGGGAGAGGAGAUCUGUGGAGCAGUGGUCUCUAUACGCUUCCAGGAGGACAUCUUGUCGAUCUGGAACAAAACGUCUAACGAUCAGACGACGACAUCCAGAAUCAGAGACACGUUGAGACGAGUCCUGAACCUUCCAGCGAACACCAUCAUGGAGUAUAAGACCCACAACGACAGCCUCAGGGACAACUCGAGCUUCAGAAACACAAAGAUUUCCCUCUGAAGACCCUGACGUCCAAUCAGGACAAAGAUGUGUGUGUGUUUGUGCUGUGGAUGUGUGUGCGUGCGUGUGCGCUGUGUGCGUGUUCAGUGUGUGUGUGUGUCUGUCUGUGUGUGAAGAACAUCAAAAUAGUUUGUUUUGAACAUAAAUAUGAAAAUGACUUGAGAAAUAAAAAACAAGAUGAAACAUCAGGUGUCAU